GCUUCGCCCACUCGAACGCUUUGUUUGCAUCCCCCUCGUGCCCGCCGCACAGCCAAUCAAUCCCGUCAGUUUCGCUUUUGCAAGCGGCUCAACGCAGGUUCGAUUCGACGGCUCCUCCGAGCGCAUGGGGAUCGCACAGGCUGCCGCCCCGCUGCGCCUGCAUCUUGGAUGCUCCGGCGCGGCGCCCCCGCGGCCCACCUCCCUCAGGGUCGGGGUCGGAUUCGGAUCCCAUGCGAGGAGGAAGGGCGGGAGGCGGCGGAACCCUCCCCGCGCCGCCAGCUCGCUGCAUCCCAGCAGCAACCCGAGGGCGCACGACCAUGAGCCCGCCCUCAAGCCUCCCGCUCCCGCUCCCGCCGUCGAUGUCGCCGGGAGGGACUUGAACGGCGCCGCCGACCACGCGCCGCAGCAGAGGCGGCGCGCGGCGAGCGACCUGGAGGAGGAGGCGUGGGCGCUCCUCCGGGAGUCGGUGGUCAGCUACUGCGGCAGCCCCGUGGGCACCAUCGCCGCCUGCGACCCCAACGACUCCAGCCCGCUCAACUACGACCAGGUCUUCAUCCGGGACUUCGUGCCCUCGGGCAUCGCCUUCCUGCUCAAGGGGGAGUACGACAUCGUCCGCAACUUCAUCCUGCACACGCUCCAGCUCCAGAGCUGGGAGAAAACCAUGGACUGCCACAGUCCAGGGCAAGGCUUGAUGCCAGCUAGUUUCAAGGUGCGUGUCGUUCCGCUUGAAGGUGAUGAAGAGGGCGCAACUGAGGAAGUCCUGGAUCCUGAUUUUGGGGAGGCUGCUAUAGGCCGUGUGGCACCAGUUGAUUCAGGUCUAUGGUGGAUCAUAUUACUGAGGGCAUAUGGAAAAUGUUCAGGAGACCUUUCAUUUCACGAGAGAAUCGAUGUCCAGACUGGAAUAAAAUUGAUCUUGAAGCUCUGCUUAGCUGAUGGGUUUGACAUGUUCCCCACAUUGUUAGUCACUGAUGGAUCCUGCAUGAUGGAUCGUCGAAUGGGUAUCCAUGGACACCCACUGGAGAUUCAGUCACUGUUCUAUUCAGCCCUCUUGUGUGCACGUGAGAUGCUUACCCCAGAAGAUGGAUCUGCUGACUUGAUCCGUGCCCUAAAUAACAGGCUUAUGGCGCUCUCUUUUCAUAUUAGGGAAUAUUACUGGCUUGACAAGAGAAAGCUAAAUGAGAUAUAUCGAUACAAAACAGAAGAAUAUUCUUAUGAUGCUGUCAACAAGUUUAACAUAUAUCCUGAUCAGAUUCCUCCGUGGCUAGUUGAAUGGAUCCCUCCGGAAGGGGGUUACUUAAUUGGAAACCUGCAACCAGCUCACAUGGAUUUCCGAUUCUUUUCUCUGGGGAACUUGUGGUCUAUAGUAAGCAGUUUGGCAACAACCCGUCAAUCCCAUGCUAUUCUGGAUCUAGUUGAAGCCAAAUGGUCUGAUCUAGUGGCAGAAAUGCCAUUGAAGAUAUGUUAUCCUGCUCUCGAGGAUCAAGAGUGGAAAUACAUUACAGGGAGCGACCCUAAAAACACGCCUUGGUCAUACCAUAAUGCAGGUUCCUGGCCAACAUUGUUGUGGCAGCUCACGGUGGCAUGUAUCAAGAUGAACCGGCCUGAGAUUGCAGCAAGAGCCGUGGAGGUGGCUGAGAGGCGUAUUUCCACGGAUAAAUGGCCUGAAUACUACGAUACUAAGCGUGGGCGGUUCAUCGGCAAACAAGCUCGACUAUUCCAAACGUGGUCCAUUGCGGGCUUCCUUGUGGCCAAGCUGCUGCUCGAAAACCCUGAAAAGUCUAGAAUACUCUGUAACAACGAAGACGAGGAAUUUGCUAAUGCUUUUAAUCUCAUGGCUGAUUCAUGCAACCCGAACAGGAAGCGUGGCAGGAAAGCCCCGAAGAAGACCUACAUUGUGUAAGUCUAACAGCAGCUCCAAUGUUAGGGGGGUUCAUAGAUGUAGCGGUGUUUAGUUUUUUGUGCGAAUCGCACAUAUACCUCCAGGAUUUGUACAUACCACAGUGAACUUGUCUAGAGGAAAUGCCCACUUUGAGACGCUGUCA